AUGGCUGCCAGGCGGCCUUCCCAGCGCCUUGCUGCGUACCUUGCAUCUCCUUCUACACGCUCCCCAAGAACACAAUUCGCUUCUACGAGACGCUGGCUGUCUAGUUCUGCCAGUCCUAAAGCUUCACGAUCCUCUCACUUCAACUACUCUCCUCUGUGGCUCGCUACUGUUGCCCUCGGUGCAGUGGCCCCGUUAGCUUACAAGAUGGCCGAAAUGGAACCUAUUAACGCCGACCCUUCCACUCUCGCCGAUCGCGAUGCCCAGAAGAAGCGAGAGUCUGGCGUCAACGAGGACUCGCCUAUGCGCCUGCGUAUGGAAAAGUUUAUUCGGGAGCAGCAGGCUCUGAUUGUCGCCGAGCUCGAGAGAGUUGAUGGCAAAAAGUUUCGCAAGGAUGAGUGGGAGCGCCCCAAUGGCGGCGGUGGCACAACCUGCGUCCUUCAAGAAGGCAACGUCUUCGAGAAGGCUGGUCUUGGUGUGAGUGUCGUCUACGGCUCGCUCCCCAAGCCUGCCAUUGAGAAGAUGCGCGCAAACCACAAAACCAUGGACCCCAACAUGGAGUCGAUCGACUUCUUCGCUGCGGGCCUCAGCAUGGUUCUGCAUCCUUACAACCCUAUGGCCCCGACGGUGCACCUGAACUACCGAUACUUUGAGACAGCCAACCCCGACGGUACAUCUCAGGCUUGGUGGUUCGGUGGUGGUUGUGAUUUGACACCCUCUUACCUCUUCGAUGAGGAUGCCAUUCACUUCCACAAGACGAUCAAGGCAGCUUGCGACGCUCACGACAAGGACUACUACCCACGAUUCAAGAAGUGGUGCGAUGAGUAUUUCUACAACAAGCAUCGAGGCGAGGCCCGUGGCAUUGGUGGUAUCUUCUUCGACGACCUUGAUGAGACCGAGCGCGAUCGCGAGAACACCUUUUCGUUCGUCCAGGACUGCCUCAAGGCCUUCCUGCCCUCCUACAUUCCCAUCAUCGAGAAGCGAAAGGACAUGCCCUACACUGAGGCAGAGAAGGAUUGGCAGCAGCUGCGCCGUGGCAAGUAUGUCGAGUUCAACUUGGUGCACGACCGGGGUACAGCAUUUGGUCUGAACACCCCUGGAUCAAGGGUCGAGAGUAUCCUUAUGAGCUUACCGUUGACGGCUGGCUGGAAGUACAUGCAUGAGCCCGAGCCUAAGAGCAGGGAGCAGCGCCUGGUUGACGUCCUCAGGGACCCCAAGGAGUGGGUUUAA